CACAUUGCUUUUUCUGGGUGGAAUACAAAAGACGACUCUGCUCUGCAUAGAAGAGAAGAGAAGAAGAAAAGAGAAAGGACAGAGUGAAGAGAAGAGACAAGAACAGCACAAACAAACACUCUAACACUCCUCUCUCUCUCCCCUCAACUUUCUCUCUCUAACAUAAAUAUACGUAACCACAAUCUCUUCUCUCAUCGGCUCAGGACUUUCCGGUGUUGAAAUUGGGUUUGUCGUGAUGGGAAAAGGGUCGAAGAGUGGUGGGUGUAAGUCCGCGUCGCAUCAGAUCUUCAAGGAUAGGGCCAAGAAUCGCGUGGAUGAUCUUCAAGGCAUGUUCACGGAUCUGCAGUCUGCGAGGAAGGAGAGCCGUACGAUCGAUGUGGCUGUGCUUGAAGAGCAAGUGCAUCAGAUGCUUCGAGAGUGGAAAUCUGAACUCAACGAACCUUCACCAGCUUCUUCUUUGCAGGGUGGGAGUCUCGGGUCAUUUUCGUCGGACAUUUAUCGGCUUCUGCAACUCUGUGAGGAAGAAGAUGAUGCGACCAGUGCAUUAGCUGCCCCGAAGCCUGAGCCUGAUGCCCCAAAAGUUGGGGAUAGUACCCGGUUCCAAGAGGGCUUUAACAUGAAUCAGGGGCACGAUGGACAAGAUUUCCACCUGGUUGAUCAAUGCAAAGGCUCUCCUUCAGUAGUUCAAAACAUGGGAGUUCAUACCUUAGGGUUUCCUUCUCAGUUGGACUACCAUGCAUAUGAUUUACAUCAAGACCUCGAGCAGAACUUCUUCUCUGAUUUUGACGGUACUACUGUUUUGUAUGAAGAGGAAGCUAUGCAUCAUCCUGGCUUUUUGCCAAACAUUUGCCCUCCACCUUCUGCUUUCUUGGGACCAAAAUGUGCACUUUGGGAUUGUCCCAGGCCUGCUCAAGGAUUGGAUUAUUGCAGUAGUUUUCAUGCAGCACUUGCAUUGAAUGAAGGCCCACCUGGUAUGUCUCCUGUUCUGCGACCUGGGGGCAUUGGCCUGAAAGACGGUCUGCUUUUUGCCGCUCUUAGUGCAAAAGCACAGGGAAAAGAGGUUGGUAUUCCAGAAUGUGAGGGGGCUGCGACUGCGAAGUCACCAUGGAAUGCUCCUGAGCUCUUUGAUCUUAGAGUCCUCGAGAUUGAAACAAUUAGGGAGUGGCUCUUUUUUGAUAAGCCUCGAAGAGCAUUUGAGAGUGGGAAUAGAAAGCAACGAUCACUGCCAGAUUAUAAUGGACGCGGUUGGCACGAGUCAAGGAAGCAAGUGAUGAAUGAAUUUGGAGGGCUGAAGAGAUCUUAUUACAUGGAUCCCCAACCUAGGAAAGAUUUUGAGUGGCACCUUUAUGAAUAUGAGAUCAAUAAAUGUGAUGCUUGUGCCUUGUAUAGGCUGGAAUUCAAGCUUCUUGAUGGGAAGAAGAGUACAAAAGGUAAAAUAACAAAUGUUUCACUUGCUGAUCUGCAGAAACAGAUGGGAAGGCUCACUGCUGAGUUUCCCUCAGAUAACAAGCGAUCUGUGAAGGGGAGGACAAAGGCUUCUUUGAAGGACGGUGUUGGAAAUAUUUAUUCUGGUCCAAACCGAGUGGUCCCGCCUACAAGCGAAGGGUUUGAUUAUGGAACAGGUGCACCCUAUGACUAUCUUGUUGACAAUUUAAAUGGGUAUUACUUGACAUAGUUGAAGAAACUUGAUUGCACAAGAAAUAAGCAGCAUAUUGUCGGUCUAGUUUACAACCCACCAAACUGUUUCACUAUCCCUUAGGCAAUGGUUGCAUCAAUGUUUUUUUUUUGCGCGAUAUCAUCCAGUUUUCAGUCUCUUGCCAAUCCAACCUUGUUUUUUCACAAGAGGGUAUUGUGCAGCAAUACAUCAGAGUGUUUUCACUGCCGGAGCUUAUUCUAACUGCUGGAAGAUGAUUACAGACGUUAAAUUUGAAUGUUGUUUUGUUAUUUUCUUAACCAUUUGUGCUUUGGAAUCUAUAAACCAUGUAGAAGUGUUUUUCAGAAUUGUUAUGGAGGGUGCACAAUUGUAACAUCUUCCAAACCUUUUUUGGGUUUUAAGACUUUGAUCUAGUUAUCUAGGAGGGACAUAGUUCAUAUGAUAGAUAGUAUAAACAAUAUGUAACUUCUUGUUGCUGGGUAUAUAAAAUGCUUAUUUGGAGUUAGUUUGGUUAUCAA